AUGGCUGAAACAGUCUCUCUUUGCCUAUCCUACAUCACCGAGUCAUCGAACGAAUCCCUGAAGUCAUUUGACAGUGGUUUGACUGCCGCUGAUGAUGCAAUCAACCUACUCAAAGCGAAUACUACAAAUGGAAGUAUCGAGGCGGCGGAUGUUUCCUCGCUGACCUAUUGUUCCCCUGUUCGGUGGAUAGAGAUACUGUCCAGUGUUUAUAUGGAUAAGCAAGAUCAGUCAACAAAUAUGGAUAUGAAGCCUGUUGCAAGAGAGACAAAAAAGGCUAGAAGUGUUACCAGUAGCCACACCGUUGAGAGAGGGGAGUCGUCUGGAACUCAUGCUUCCAUUGUCAAGUCAACGGAAGCUGCUGGGAAAGUGAAUUCAAAUCGUAAAGUUGACGUUGGCCAGAGGUCUGAUCAAACACAUCGACAAGAAGGUUUUUAUGGAGACUUGGGCACAGGCGACGACAUCGAACUUGAAAUCAUGAUCAAACGUGCCUUUCGACUCUCAGUGACUGAUGGACUACAAGAGUUCACCAGGUUCACUGUGGCAGAAACCCAGUACAUGAAUAAGGGUAAAGAGCCUAUCCGGCCUACCGUCACGGAGACAAGUUCAUUCGCCGCCUGCAUCUCCCGGAAUAAGGAAGGGAACGUGCAGAGCAAUAACAACAACAGGCGGCCACUUCGAUCUGCCCUGAAGAAAGACUCCAUCUCUUUGACGAGACUCACGGCUAAGAGACAGUCAUCAACCCAAUCAACUGAAUCAGACCAAUCGGCAGCAAAAACAGUGGUGCAGUUUCAUUCUCAUGAAGGCAACUCACAAGCCAGACUACACAAAUCCGAGAAUAAGAGAACUGAAAUAGAUGGUAGUUGGAAAUCGAACCAUAAUCAAUCCGAUGAUGGUAACUCGCAAGACACCACAUCAGAUGAAGAAAACCAAGAUUACAACAAUGGAGAGUUGCGAGAACAACUUGAUAUCAUCGUCAAAAGGAACCCGUCAUCGGCCAUAACGGUGAGACCAUACACAAACACUAUGACUGGACAGGAGGUAUUCCUAUUUAAUCACGGCAUAGUAAUCCCACGCAAAGACACAAGCAAACUCAUCUACGGCGUAGCUAUUCCAGGUAAAAUAUUCCGCCAGAAGAAAAACCGAUACUCGUCCACCUUCACGUUUUUGGUGGCACUAUCAAAGGCUAACUUGGAUAUACUGGAUAUUGGAACAGCGAAAAGCGACUUGAUUCGGACGCUGAUCUUGGAUGACGCUGAAGAAGCUUAUCGAAAAUCCAAGUAUGGUGAUUAUACCUGGGUUGGCAUAACGAAGGAGCGCAAGCAUCGCUAUGAUCCGGACACGCGGUCUUGGUUAUCAUUGUUUUACCCGUCACAAUGGCCACGACAUGGUCUUGUCUUGUCGGAAGGCCAAAAUCCCCCGGAGAAUAGUUGCAAGUUCCGAAUGAUCAGCCUAUGCGGGAAAGUAUUAUAUCAAUGGUACGUACGAUGUGAACUGAGAAAAUCUUUUGGCCCACGAAAUAUCAUCGCCAGACUAUCGUGCGGCGAAGAUGGUACAUGCGAGAAGUUAUUGAACUGGGAUCCUGAAAGCGGACCGAUGAUCCACAAUGACUCUGUCAAGCGCUGGACGGAAAUUGACCCAAACAGAGAAGGAGUUGAUCUGCCGGAUAUGUUUUACCCAUUUAUGAAGUUUUGGAUUAUCGAAGGGCCUCCUAGAGAGGAACCACCACCGGUACGUCGUCUUCUAGAAAUCCAGGCCAAUAUUAUGGAGGAAAUCAAGAUCGAAUAA